AUGAUGGCGGCGGUGGUGCGUCCCGCGUUGUUUGUGGUGGCCGUCGUGCUGUGCUGCGUGUGUGGCUGUGCAGCGGCCACUGCUGAGGGCAUCGGUGACGAGGAGCAAGUGAUUGUUGCCCUGCAGAAUGCGAGGAAGAAAGCGCUUGAUGCCCAGGAUGCAGUGAUUGACAGCAAGAAGGCGGUGGACGCAAUCAAGGAAGCAACUGAUAGCUUCAAGUCUUUGGCAGACAAAGCGUCAAACGCAGCCGCUGAGCUACAUAAAAAAGUGAAGGGUAUGAAUGAUGGGGAGACGAAUAUUGCUGGUGUGGACAGCUUGGCAAAAACAGCAAUGGACGCGGCUAAGGCGUCUCACGAAUCAGUUACCUCAAUCGAAAAGAACGUUAAUAAAGCAGUGGGAGUAACGACUAAUGCAGGGAAGUUGUUAACGGAGUCGGAGAGGAUGGCUGGCAGUGCAGCGGCAGGUGAAAAAGUAGUUAUCAGCAGAGAAGCAGGACUCGUACAGGCGGCAUUCAAAAGGCUAUUAGAUGUGUUGUCGGUACUGAAAGAAGUCCAGAAUAGGGCUGAAGAGGCAACUAGUGCUGCGACGAAGGAUGGCGCUGCUUUUAAUGCAAUGGGCAGCGGUGAGAAAGCGUACAAAUGUGCCACUGAUACGACUUCCUGUACACUGUCAGCUGCAGUCAAACAACUAAAGACGAUUGCUGAUGAAGCUGUGACGUUCACAAAGGCUGCAGCGGACCACGCUGAAACGGCUUCCAGUGCUGCCAUCAAAGCAUCUGGGCACGCUGCGAACGCUGUCAGCAGUGCUGAGUCACAGCUCCAGCAGAUCACCGCUACGGUGAAGGUUCUUAAACCACGAAAAAAGGAACCUGCGGAACCGUCACACGACGAGUCAAACAGCCAGAGUCUACCACAGGUUCCAUCGAGCAGUACUUCCACUGGUGAUAAGCCUUCCGACCAACAACAAGCUGACACCACGGCAACCCACACAACGCAGUCAACAUCAGUACCAUCGGAGGAGAAGACAGCCACAGAAUCCCUGGAAAACGCUGCUUCUCAAGCUGCUGAUGCGCCACUGACACCUCCCAAGAGCGAUGUACAAAACACCCUGAGUGAUGCCCGGAAUACCGACAGCAGCGUUUGUCCUCCGUGGGCGCGUACACCGUUGCUGCUGGUGGUUGGUGUGCUGGGCGUCCUGGCUGUGUGCUGA